UGCUCGCCCGGCGGCCGUCCAGGCGGCCCGCUUCCCCUCGGUGCCCGCGCCGGGCCGCGGGAUCGGGCCCCAGAACUUUCCGAGGAGGAGAAACUUGGCGGCGUGUUGGGAGGACUGGAAGGAUCCUCAUGUGAAAGGCGGGAGUAGAAGAGCUUCUCCCAGGGUAGUCACGAGGACUACUUUAUUUACCUGCGAAGCGCUUAGAACCGUGCCUGGCUCACAAUUAGUGGUCACAGUUAGGCUGCCAUUAUUUCAACACUGCACGGAUAGGAGGUUUCUGCCUCGUUGAUAAGUCAUCAUUGGCUUUGCUUGCUCUCACGUCUGAUGUGGCCUCUGUUUCAUGUCACAUCUAAAACUUCUCUGUACCUCAGACUUAAAAAGGUAUUUGCAUAGGAAUCAGAGGAGUUAAUCUUGUGAGUAAACUCUCAACAUCUGCACAGUUUCCUUCCUUCCUUCUUUCUCUAUCCGCCCCAGGAUUCUAAAGCACAGGACUGCCCCCAGGUCACCAGUGCCUUUGCAGAGACCACACUCCUGUCUGCAACAGGGGGUGGCCUUUUUUUAAAAAAACAUUCUGGCUCCAGUUUUAGCAAUUGAGGCUAGUCGAUAGCGCAGAUACGUAUGAGUCUAAGGUUCUUAGCGCCUUAUGCAGGCACCCGGCGAGUCUGAAUCUCCCUGCACAACUUCAAGUAUGCAGGAAGUCUUCCUUUUUUUUUUUUUUUUUAUUCCCUGUAACUAAUUCAGACUCCAGCCCCCAUUCUGCUAACCUACAGGGAAAUUUCAUCUCAGUCAUUUUUAGGUGUCUCUCCUUCCCCCAUGGGGUGUGUUCUAGAACCCAGAGAUUACCAUGGCACCUGGUAGGUAAGGGACUGGCCUCUGACCUUUUGUGUAUCUGCCUCAGGACUGAGUAGAGGCUGGAAACCGUGCCACGGGUCUGGUCUCCCAGAGCACAUCCCACACUCUUGAGGGCUCUGCUCACCGCCCUGGGGAACAGAGCUGUGCAAGGGAUGCCUGGCUGGUGCUGACAGAUCUCCUUCUCUUUUACAGGCCCCGGGGUGGGGGGUGGAGGGAGAGGGUCUUUUUCUCACCCUUGUAUGUGCCCUCUGCUUCUCCAGUCUCAGGAGUCAGGCAGAAUCUCCUCAUUGGGUUUAGGUGUUAACAAAGACAAACUGCCUGUGCCGUCAUCUGGGCUAAAAUACAAGGAAUUACAGAGCCUGCCACCUGUUUUAAAUGAGCUAGAAAGAAAAGCUGUUGGGAGGACAAACAAAGCGAAAAUUCCAGAGUUGUCCUGCCGUGCUGAUUUGGAGGCUGUAAUGAAGGCAAAACAUCGCCCAAACAGUGGUAACUAUGGAAAUUAAGAGAAGGAAACAGAUUUGAGAGACAGUAAGCUUGCAGAAUCUGUAUAGCUUAGUCAGUGAGAAAAAUCUAGUAUGACUCCAGAGUUUCUGACUUCAGAGAGACCAGGAAGUAACACAAUAAAGAGACUGACCGGUUGAUAAUGUGGACUCACACCACACACUCUGGAUGCAGGUCUCAGCUCCACUGCCUGCUGGUCAUGUGAGCAUGAGCAAAUUAGUACAACUUUUAAGCCUCAGUUUCCCCAUAAGUAAAAUGGGGCUAAUACUGCAUACUCAUAUGGUUGUGAGCAUGACUAAAAUGGCCAUGACCUUCUGAGCAUCCAGUAAAUGUUAGCUAUUAUUAUGUGGUGGUGCCAGUAGCUGAAAUCUGUGAUACUAGAGGAGGAGCCCCUGCUUUAGGGCAGGUGACCCUCAGGGCUGUGAGAUAGCCAGGCUGAGAGGUGGUAGAUGGAUUCAUCUGGACUUGGAAAGAAAGCUCAAGAUUGAAGACAGAUUUGGGAGACCUUUGCCUCCAAGGAGUAGUUGACACCUUGGGGUAUGAAUGUGGUCCCCCAGAAAUGGUGCAAGAAGGUAGAGGGGCAGGUGUCAGGCCCACAAAUGUAUUCAGACAUCGCCCCCCUAUGUCAUCUUUAAACUGACUUCAUUGUUUUGAGAUGAACAUGAAUAUCCCGUUUAGGGUCUUUGCUUCAGAGGUAUAAUCUCAUUGUUUGCUUGGUGAAAUACAAGUUAGUUGUCUGUAAUCUCCCAUAUUGGGUGGGCUCCUUUCUGUCUGGAAUUACAGUGUGUUUAGAAAAACACACACGGACACAGCUUUUUUGAAAAGCUUUUCAAAAACAAACCUUGCAAUCUUCAAUCUAGAGGAGGCUUUCACUGAAAACUAAGACAAUUCCCAGUGUUUGGGGCUUUCCCAAUUCUUUCCCACUCAAAUCAUUAGAAAUAAAAGAGUCAGUUUGAAGAAUUGACUUAUGAAAAAUCAGGAGUAGCCGGAAGUGAAUGAGCUGAAAAUGGAGGAGAAUCCCUUUGUUUCAUGGGGGUUUCAGUGCAGGCUCAGCAGGCAGCUAAACCAGGACAUUCAUAGAGAAAAGGGCAUGUUCUUAAAUGCUCUCAGAGGCAAACACCUAGAAAGACCUACUGUGCCAGCAAAAAGUUAUUCUACAAAUCAUGUGUUCUGUAUUCAGGAAAUUUUACUUUUUGUCAUCGAAACAUCUGAGUAAGCAGAUGUAAACAGAUCAUUUUCCAAAAAAACAUUUUCCCUUUUAUUUAAAACAAUGAUCUGUUUACUGUGUGCCGAUUUCAUUCCUAGAAAACUGUGACUUUCCUUGUUACUUUGGAGCCCAGAAACAUGUAUAUUUAGGAGUGUUUUUACCAUAUACUUUAAAUAUAUAUUUACAUAUUAUAUAUUAAAAGAUUAUAUAUACAUGUGUAUAUAUAUGUAUAUACAUAUAUAUAUAUAUACAUCUAUACAUCUAUACAUAUAUACAUAUAUGAAUGAUUAAAGCCCUUUUGUCAGAUUUGAAAUCUAAGUUCUGACCUGAAAAGCAGUCUGCAAGGAGCAUCCUGUCAAACUUAGAUGUGUUAUUUUUCCUGUCUCUUCUCUGCUUUAUUAAACUGUCACACACCGCGCACGAUUUUUCCCCAGGGCCACGCAUGCUUUCGGGUUCUCUGUUGCAUUGUUAACUAUUUAAGCGUUUGGCUGGUGCUGAGAUGGCAGGUGGGAGAGGCAGAGGAACUUGGCCUCCUCCCCGCCAGAGUUCUCCUCUUUCACUAGUGCUGCUUACAUUGAACAGCUUAAGAAUAAGCUCCUGUGUGAGCCCUCGGAGGCCAAGGAGUAUUGUUGGAUUCAGAAAGGAAUCGCUUUCUUUUAGUGAUCAUUUGAAUAUUUCGACAAUGAAGCUAAGCCACUCCACUGCCUGGUUUGCGUACCUCGUGUCAUGUGCGCCCUUCCUUGGGAAGAAGAGAGCCCUCGCCUCUCUGAAUUUGUAAAUUGGUAUUGUCCGUUGGUGAGAUGAGUAGAAGCAAAGGAAGAAUCCUCCAGAAGAAUUUUACUCUCUUGCUCAGUGUUUUUUUAAAGCUCUUUAAAAAAAAAAAAAAAUUAAUACAGGCCUUUGUAGACCACCCAAUUAAAUCACCAUGAUAAAUGGUGGGUAUUUUGAGAAGAGAGAUGGGCCAUGAGAUGAUGUGUUGAAGUGUUUAUACAUGCAAAGUGAGGAAUACAUUUAAAACAAAUUCUCUGGAUGAUUCAAAGAUCCUACUCACCUCUGGUUUUUUCCUGAAUUGUGAUGGGUUAUUUUUCAAAUUUGGUUGUCUAAAAAUGAUCUUCAUUUUUCCAUUUUUAACUUAAAAGGAAUGCUCUCCUACAAAAUAAACAGACAUAGCUUUUUUUUUUUUUAAUCAAAUUAAGAGAACAGGCGACCAAGUGAAUAAAUCACAUAGGUAGGAUAUAAUUGGCUUUGUUUCAUAGUAAGCUUACCUUUGUGCUGGUUAAGAAAAUCCUAAAAAGCUUUCCCCCUAUGAGAAUUGACUGGUUGGAAUAGUCCUAAAUUGGAAGAAGCAAAGUUUUGUAAUUAAUUGGUGAAUAGAGAUACUGGUUUCCGAAUGCUCACCAGAGAUCAGUGGUACAAAGCUGGCCAUGGACUUGGCUCUGGAGAACUUGGUGAAAACGUGAAUGCCCAGUGCCAAAGUGAUGUUACAGCAUUCUGUGCUGCUUUGUGCUGUGGCCUCGGAAUCUGUAUUUUUAAAAGAUGUCUCUGGCAAUUCUAAUGCGUAGCCAGGUUUGGUAACCACUGAAUUGUGUAUUCAAUUUGGAGACCUCGGCCUUUUCACCAUCUGAUGAAUCUAUAUGUUUAUUUGAAGCUUUUGUUGAAAAUGAAUGCCUGCUGGUUAUUGCUUUUUUCAGUUCACAAUUUGUUUCCGGUUCUGUUAUUGCAUAGAUUUGCAUACCUGUUUUAUAGUAUUCUAAUACUGUUGCUUAAAAAAAAAUACCAUUUCCUCUCUGUGCUCUUUUGAAUAUUUGAUGUAAACAAUUUCAUGUUUUGUUAUUUUCCCUACUUGCAGAAAGUAGGGGAAAACUCCAGGGUUUUUCUAACCCAAUUGUAAUAUAAAUACUUAAAGAUCUUGGUCAAGGUAAUAUAAGAUUGAAAAUCCUUUAAGUUACAGCAUUAUGAACUUCAUCAUACCUUUAAAACAUGUCAGAUGAACUAAAUAUUUAAGACUUUGGCCAGAUGGUCGAUCUGAGACAUUUAAAAAUUAAUGGUUGUGUGUCUGUUGAGGUAUCCUACUACAGGACUUUAACACUUAAAAUUGAUCUGUCAGUGAAAAUGCGUGAAAGGGCAGUCAGAAAUCUCUGUCAGUCAUCAAUUGUGUGUAUGUGCUCUUGAAGUCAGGCUCAAGCUGCAACAUGAUGGGGGGAAAUGUUUUCCUAGCUUCAUUCACUGAAGGUGUGCAAGAUCUCUUCUUACAGGUUUGAGUCGUCAGACAAACUUCCGAGGGGACUCCAUGACCACCUGGAAGCUGGUGUUUCCUGUCACCGAGUAGACAGUCUGGCGAUCCAGAAGAUGCCCCAGCUCUGGUGAUGCUUCUGGAACCUCAUCUGUGCCUCCGACAUUCUCCCAGCCUGAGACUGCAUCUAUAAAUUGGGAUGUGGGAAAGCAGGAAGCAAAGCUCAUGGUAACUGAGAGGCCCAUGUCUGGGUAGAACCAGGCCCAGGACCACGACGCUGCCUCUCCCCUGGUCUGGAGUUCAGGCUGCCGUGGCUCUGCUCAUGUGCUCAGCACCAUCCUUCCAUUUGUGCUUAAAUGGCACAACAUUUGGUCAGCGCAUCUGAAAAGGAAGGUGUGAGAAGUAAAGCCCAUGGCCACCUAUCCCUGCCAAUUAUGUGGCAAGACGUUCCUCACCCUGGAGAAGUUCACUAUCCACAAUUAUUCCCACUCCAGGGAGCGACCUUACAAGUGCUUGCAGCCAGACUGUGGCAAAGCCUUCAUUUCCAGAUAUAAAUUAAUGAGGCACAUGGCUACCCAUUCGCCCCAGAAAUCUCACCAGUGUGCUCACUGCGAGAAGACGUUCAACCGGAAAGACCACCUAAAAAACCACCUCCAAACGCAUGACCCCAACAAAAUGGCCUUUGGGUGUGAGGAGUGUGGGAAGAAGUACAACACCAUGCUGGGCUACAAGAGGCACCUGGCCCUCCACGCGGCCAGCAGUGGCGACCUCACCUGCGGGGUCUGCGCCCUGGAGCUAGGGAGCACCGAGGUGCUGCUGGACCACCUCAAAGCCCACGCGGAAGAAAAGCCCCCCAGCGGCACCAAGGAGAAGAAGCACCAGUGCGACCACUGUGAGAGAUGCUUCUACACCCGGAAGGACGUGCGGCGCCACCUGGUGGUCCACACAGGCUGCAAGGACUUCCUGUGCCAGUUUUGUGCCCAGAGAUUUGGGCGCAAAGACCACCUCACGCGACAUACCAAGAAGACACACUCGCAGGAGCUGAUGAAAGAGAGUCUGCAGUCUGGAGACCUUCUGAGCACCUUCCACUCCAUCUCUCCCCAGUUUCAGCUGAAGGCCGCCCCGCUGUCUCCCUUCCCUCUGGGGGCUCCCGCGCACGCGCAGAACGGGCUCGCCAGCGGCCUGCCCGCUGAGGUACACGGCCACGCCCACAACCCCUCGGAUCCAGCCUCCCAGCCUGUACAGGCGCUGCCGGAGCCCCUGGCCCCCCUCCACCCCGUAACCUCUCCCAGCUCCCCUCCCGCGCCCCUCCAGAAUCACAAGUACAACACCAGUUCUACCUCAUACUCCCCACUUGCAAGCCUGCCCCUCAAAGCAGAUACUAAAGGAUUUUGCAAUAUCAAUUUGCUUGAGGACUUGCCUCUGCAAGAGCCUCAGUCACCUCACAAGCUCAACCCAGGUUUCGAUCCGGCUAAGGGAAGCGCUGGUAAAGUGAGCCUGCCCAAGGAGCUACCUGCAGAUGCUGUGAACCUAACGAUACCUGCCUCUUUGGACAUUUCCCCCCUGUUGGGCUUCUGGCAGCUGCCCCCUCCUGCUACCCAAAACGCCUUUGGGAACGGCACUCUCACCCUGGGGCCUGGGGAGUCUCUGCCCCACAGGUUAAGCUGUCUGGGGCAGCAGCAACAAGAUCCCUCACUAGCCAUGAGCACUAUGAGCCUGGGCCAGCUCCCCCUCCCCCCCAUCCCCCAUGUUUUCCCAGCUGGCACCGGCUCUGCUAUCCUGCCUCAUUUCCAUCAUGCAUUCAGAUGACUGGUUUUUAAAGCGUCCUUUUCUUAUUCUGGAAGAUGUGUUUUAAGGAGCAUGUAAGCAUCAGUUAUGCUACAAGGAGAGAUUUGGAAAGCGGGACUGGAAAUACGGCUAAUUCAGUGAUGACUGGCUUGAGAUAAGAGAGUUCUCGAACUGCAUGUAUCGUGCCAAUUGUCCUGAGUGUUCAUGCUUUGUACCAAAUUUGAUAAGCAAGUAUUCUUUAAUGGAACUGCAAAUAUUGUCAGAACCGACAUCCAAACGAGGGCUGCUAUAUAUAGGUGUUUGUCAAAUUGAAUUUAAUCGUAAGCCAUGAUCAUAAUGUUAACUAAUUUUAUGUGGCACUGCCUAGUAAAGGGAACUAUGGGAAGGUUUGGCUUUCUCCAAAAUGGGAGAAUUUUUAAAAUACAAAAUAACCUUUAUAUUGCAUAUUAUAACUAGGCUGUGUAUUUCUUUUCAGGGAUUUUUCUACCUUCAGGGUUGGAUGUAGUUUAGUUACUUUUGCCAUAGCCAACCUGUAGUUUUACAGAAACAAUUUCUUGUGGAAUAAUAGACGUCUCCAUUUUAAAAAAGCAUUUUAAAUGUAGUUUGAAUAUUUUCCACAAGAUGCUACAAUGUGAGUUAUCACUUCAUGUAUCUUAAAAGACUAAACUGGUUGUCAGUUACAUCUGACAGAAAAAAAAAAAAAUCACUGUGUAACCAGGUUAAGUGGUAAAAUAAUCCAGGCGUCAGUCAAAAGAAAGCAUUUUGCUGACUUUAAUAUUGAUUAUAUUUUUAACAGGAAUUUAAGAAAAUAUUACUGGAAUUUUAAAAUAUAUAUAUAUAUAUUAAACAAGAAUUUUCUUUGCUCUGUCUGGCUUAAAAUACUACUCUGCUUAAGUAUUUUUAAUCACCAAUAAAUGCAUUUAAAUUCAUCAUUUAAGUCAAUAUUAGUUUUUUUCAAAAGGAUAACAUUUGCAAUGUAACUAUAAUCUAUGUCUUGAAUUUGGUAUCUAAUGAGUUUAAGAAUAUAAAACCUAACUUUUUUUUUUAAAGCUCCUUUGUCUUUUGUGUUUAGAGGCUUUCUAUAUGAAGAUAUAUCUUACAUAUAAUAAACUCUACAAAUCCUGCA